AUUCACAUUUUCGUUAUGUACGUGAACGCAUCAUAACUAAUUCUCCAGUUUUUGAUAAAGUUGCAAAGAGACCGUCACAGUCCACGAUGAGGAGGAUGGCGGAGGAGAUGCCCCCUGUCAGGGAGCAGAGCUCCUGGAUAUUAAGUUGGCUUCCCUCUUGGUGCCCCACUUCUCCUUCUCAGCUGAAAGAUGCAGAAGAAAAAAUGCUCAAGACUGUGAAGCGGCCUUUCUCCAGGCAGCAUGUCCGGAUAUCCAACGACAACUAUUUGUGGACCUUAGCCUUUUCUACCCAGCCACAGCCAUGCUCCCCGCACACUUCUCAGCCCCCUGCCCAGCGCAGAACCCCUCUGGUUCUGCUGCACGGUUUUGGAGGUGGCGUUGCCCUUUGGGCCCAGAACCUGGACUCCCUCUCUAGCAGCGGCCCGGUCUACGCUCUAGACCUGCUGGGCUUCGGCAGGAGCAGCCGUCCCCAGUUUAGCACCGACCCCGAGGUGGCCGAGGAGGAGUUCGUGACGGCCCUGGAAGAGUGGAGGGAGAAGGUGGGACUGGAGGAGAUGGUGCUGCUGGGACACAACCUUGGAGGAUACCUGUCUGCAGCCUACACCCUCAAAUACCCACACAGGGUAAAACAUCUGCUGCUAGUGGAGCCAUGGGGAUUCCCAGCACGUCCAGAGACUCCCAACCACUACACCAUCCCAGUGUGGAUCAGAGCCAUCGGGGCCUUCAUGAGCCCCUUCAACCCUCUAGCUGGACUCAGACUGGCUGGACCUCUAGGUCCAAUGCUGGUCCAGACCAUCAGGUCAGACUUCAAGCAGAAGUACUCCUCUGUGUUCGACGACAACACUGUGUCUAACUACAUCUACCAUCUGAACGCUCAGACUCCGAGUGGAGAGACGGCCUUCAAGAACAUGACCAUUCCCUAUGGCUGGGCUAAGAGGCCCAUGCUGGACAGGAUUGACCAGGUCCGAGCUGACAUUCCCAUUUCCUUCAUUUAUGGGUCGCGCUCCAGCAUUGACAGCGACUCUGGAUACGCCUUCAAGAAAACCAGACCAGAUGUGGAAAUCGAAGUGAUCAGAGGAGCAGGCCAUUAUGUUUUUGCCGACCAGCCAGAAGACUUCAACCAGAUAGUCCUUCAAAUUCUCACUAGGAUGGAGGGGGAAACCAAAGAUGAGGCAACAAAACAGUGACAGUUCUGUCAUUCAGAAAACACACAGGAGAGCACAAGGAUUAGCCACUGCAAGCCCAUUACACAACCGCAGCAGUUUAACUGUAAGCCUCUUUAUCAUGCACUUUACUCUUAAGAGAGACCAUCACUGACUGAGGACACUUGACUCAUCAUUCCACAGUCUAAUUCUUCCUAAGGCCUGGGGGUCUAAGUUCAUGGGUUUCUUGAUCCAGCCUUAUGUAAAAACAUUUUGUAAAUAAAUAUGAGAUGCAAUCUA